AUGUAUGGACAGGGGCCCUCCAGUUCCCGCGAAAGAGGUGUCAACAUCUCAUUCGAGCCGCUAAGUGAUUGGCAAAUCUCCGAAAUUGGAUAUGAUGGUGCCGAAAAGUUUAUCAGGCCAGAAUCUUUCCAAGAUCACGUUGGCAAAUUGGCUCGGAAGGUGGACUGGCGAAAACUUGUCGACUCGGAGGACGUCUACGAUCAAGCCAAUCUCUUGCCGACUGUGGAACCGUUGGAAGGUGAAGAGGAUGAAGAGAAGCGGAAACGAGAACAAGCCGAGUACCCGCCAGAAGCCGGUCCGUGGCAUGUGGUCGCGAAGAAUUUGCAUGAAUCUCUCCAGCAGUUGAACAUCAUGAUCGACACGUUUCAAGUUGCACAAAAAUUUGAAUAUCUACAACCUCUAAGCGUCCAAGAUCCGACCGCUGCUCACGAUUUGGCCCCACAUGUGCUCGAAUCGACAAAGGGCUUUCAAUGGGUUUGGAGGAGAAAGGCGCUUUCCGAGGCACAGGCCGUCAUCGAAAGCGCGAUGCGAACGCGACCGACCAGUUCGUUUCUGGAAAACACUGACGACUCGACGAAGCAAAAACGGAUGUUCUACGGCGAGCUCGAUCGAUUGCGCAAGGUUUGGCGAAUCCGAAAAAGCGGCACCUACAUUCUGGGCGACCUCGGUUAUUCUUCAUUCGGUAAAAAAUGGGACGCGAAGAACAUGUUCGACAUCAACCGACGCACGAUUUGUAUGGCUCGAAAAUACCCGGAUGGACGGCUAGUGCAGAGUUGGCUUCAGGUAACAGUGCCGUACGACGUGGCGAAGAGAAGCACGCUCUCGGUUUCAAUCGUAAAAGACGACAAGACCAACAGCGCGCUCUUUGGCGCGGGCGGAGACAAUGAGCUAGACUACAUGAAGGUUCAGAAGAAGACGAUUGAAAAUACGCAUUGGCACGACGCGUUGACGUGGGCCAGUGAAUCGCUCGUGUUGCGAGAUACUUUCCAGCAGUUGGCAAAGGACGCUGUUCGCCUGAAGUAUCGCCCUUCUGCCAUCCGAGACGGAGUGCUUUUAAUUUCGCUGUUUGACGAAUAUCUAUUGCGAGUGGAGCUGAAGUACUUCCCUUUCAAGGAGGGCCGUUUGCCCGAGGAUGGGAACAGCUACUUGAACAGGUCGCUACGGAAAAUCUUUUUGGCGAUGGUCACGCAGAGAUCCAUUCGCCCUCAAAUGUUCGUCGAAUUGCCGCUGACAAACGCACCGGAAGAGAUGGACAUGCGCGGAUCGUCGGCCAUGACACAAACAGAGAUGGAUGCCCGGUCCGUAAGUAAGCCAAUGCUGCUCGAGCGCAUCCUGAAAGUAGCCGCCCAUCAUCACCUCGUUCAGCUGACCGUCGACAUGCUCAAGCAGCACCAAAUCGAAUGUCGCGACCCGCAGCUAAAAUGGCGUUGGUUGCGCUGCGCGCCCGCCAACUCGCACAUCAUCUGCCACCUGGCCAACCACCAGUUCGAUUAUUUGAUGGGAAAAGUCACCUUCUACAUAAAAAUCGACCACAACGCGGUGACGCUGUCGACAAAGGAAAGUCAGGAGAUCGAGUGCUAUCGCGAUGGCAACCGCAUUCUGAAUGCUCUGCGCUAUAUGAACAGCCAAUAUUUUAUGGGCGCCAUCACGAGUCUGGCGAAGGUCGCCUGGGCGUUCCAGAUUUUGCACGCCAACAUGAACGCCAUCGACGGUGAGGGGAAUCCGGCGCCGACGUUGUAUAUGGUCAACCCGAUAAGCUCAAGAUCCCUCCUCGUCCAAUUCAACUCUAACCGGGAUCCCGAUAUCAACGUGAAGAAGCUGCUGCCGGAAGAGGAUGCCGAGGAGCCCUUCGUUCGCCUCGACUACAAGAAGCUGCCCGGCGGCACGCUCUGCAGAAAACUUGACUAUCUUUUUGCCGUGUUACACGGGCCCAUACAUCGACUUCCGGCAGAAGCAACAACCCCUUUGAGGCUAAAGAACUGCGUUCAAGAUUGGGCGGUGCUGGAAUCCGGAACUUCUCCACUCGCCCGAGAGAACCAGCCGCGAAAACCGCUGAUCGACCACGAGCUGGAGGCAGAGCUCACUGAUGUGAAAUGGGUCGCCGUUUAUCGAUAUCUCCCGAUCCGGCUAGCCGCCAUGGUGGCCCGAAUGAAAUUGGUGCAAACGAUUGCCAGCGUCCUCUACGUCCCUUAUUCCAUUUUUAAUUACAUACAAGGCACGAUCGACUGGAGCUGGCUGGUAAACACGACAAGUUUAGCUGUAUUCGCGCCGCUAGCGCUUGUAUUGUUUAGCAGGACGAUGAAUCGAUUAGUGGGUGUUAUCGCGGUUGAUGAGACGAACAGCUACGCCCGAAUAGGCUAUGUAUCGUUCUGGGGACGACGAAUGAAUAAGGUACGCCCAAUCGAAGAUGUUGUCCCACUCACCAACUCCGAGGGCGAUACGACUCAGAAGGUCGUCAAGCUGUCAUUUCUCUCAGACUCCUCGUAUGUGCUCCUGCCGACGCGACCCGUCGAAAUUGUCGACCCGGAGCGCGCACACCUUCUCUUUGGCGAUCUCAAGUUUUUCGACGUCGAAAACCCGAAGGAACAGCAAUCUCAA